AUGGAUAAGAUUAUAUCCGAGCAAUUUUCUCUAGAUGAAGAAAACUCCAAUGGCGAUAAUACAGCCAAAAAAAGUGGAUUUUUCAAUACAAGUAACUUUAAAAAUGACUUUCACAAGAUUUUCAAAAAAUGGACUACCAGGGAUGGUUUAUUUGGUGAUUAUGAUUAUGCAUUUUUAUUCACACCUAGCUUCCCUUUUCAUGAUUGGUUUUAUAGACGCGUUUUGAAACGCGAACCAAGAGUUUACGAUCAACCUUUUUUCGGAUUAGAUAGUGAUAUGCCAAUUGCCUUGGGGUUUCUAUUGGGUUUGCAACAUUCUUUAGCUAUGUUAGCUGGUGUUAUUACUCCACCCUUAAUUAUCUCUUCGUUGGCUAAUUUCGAUGAUGAAAUUAGAGAAUAUUUGGUUAGUGCUUCAUUAAUUGCUUCUGGUAUAUUAUCUUUGGUUCAAAUGACAAGGUUUCAUGUAUAUAAGACACCCUAUUAUAUAGGAGAUGGUUUAUUGACAGUUGUUGGUACUAGUUUUGCCACUAUUACGAUUGUUUCCAAAGCAUUUCCUAUGAUGUAUGCUACUGGUUUUUGUCCGGUUGAUGCUCAAACAGGUGAGAGUUUACCUUGUCCUGAUGGGUAUGGUGCCAUGUUAGGUACUGCUUGUUGUUGUGCUUUAUUGGAAAUAUUGAUUAGUUUUACUCCGCCCGCCAUAUUACAAAAAGUGUCCCCUAAAAUUGUUACUGGUCCUAUUAUUUUGUGUAUCGCUAUCAGUCUAAUCGAAUCUGGAUUCGAAGAUUGGGUUGGUGGUAGUGCUUGUGUUGACGCUGCAUAUUGUCCUAGCGAAGGUGCUCCAAUGGCGGCCCACUGGGGUGCUGCCAGGCUAAUUGGGUUGGGGUUUUUAGUUUUUUUUGCUAUUAUUAUGUGUGAGAAAUAUGGUUCCCCAAUUAUGAAAUCUUGUGCUGUCAUUGUUGGAUUAAUUGUGGGCUGUAUUGUUGCAGCUGCAUGUGGCUAUUUUGAUAGAUCUACUGUUACUGAGGCCCCAAAGGCUACAUUUAUCUGGGUUCAUACUUUUAAAUUAACGGUUUACGGUCCUGCGGUUUUGCCGUUUUUGGUUGUUUAUAUUGUUAUUGCACAAGAAUGUAUUGGUGAUAUUACCGCAACUUCUGAUGUUUCCAGACAACCUGUUGAAGGACCUUUGUAUGAAAGUAGAAUCCAAGGUGGUGUCUUGGCUGAUGGUUUGGCUGGUGUUUUUAGUGGGUUGCUUACUAUGCCUCCAAUGUCCACAUUUGCUCAGAAUAACGGUGUUAUUGCACUAACCAAAACUGCUAAUAGAAAUUGUGUUGGUAGAUUUUGUUGUUUUUUUUUGAUUAUUAUGGGUAUUUUCAGUCAAUUUGGAGCAGCUUUAGUUGCUAUUCCAAAACCUGUCUUGGGUGGUAUGACAUCGUUUUUAUUCACAAGUGUUGCUGUUUCCGGUUUGAAAAUUAUAUCUUCUAUUCCAUUUACUAGAAGAGAUAGAUUUAUUUUAACAGCUGCGCUAUUGCCAGGUAUUGGUGCCUGUUUAGUUCCUGAUUGGUUCAGUUAUUUUUUCACUUAUUCUGGUAAAAAUCAUGCUCUUGAAGGGUUUUUAAAUGCCAUUGUUUUGAUUAUGGAAUCCGGUUUUGCUGUCUGUGGGUUUGUUAGUAUAAUUCUAAAUUUGUUUAUUCCACAAGAAUUAGAUGAAGAAUUAAUGGAUGAUAUUGAAAUUCAACAGUCAAACAUCAGUGUUUUGGAAGGACGUGAAUCUAAUCCUGCUGAAUUAAGACAAGUUUUAAGUGGUAAGUCUUUGGAGGCAUAUGGUAGUCAUGUAGAUGAAAAUGGUGGUUAUGUUCUUACUACCAAUGAUGAUAUUAUUAAUAAUGGAACUAUGGUUGGUGGUAGCAGUGAAGAUGGUAAGAAAGAAACAAUACUAGACAAUAAGGAUGGCAGUGUUCAUAUUUCUACUUCUGUAGGCACAGGUAGUUCAUGA